AUGGACAGGCAAAAUGAUAAAGACUGCAAAAAUCUUGACCCAAGCAAUGAGGAUAUUUUUUCAAGUAUGUAUUCAUCACGCCUCCCCUCGUUUGGGGGAGAAUUUUCGGCAUUUCAGAAUUGGAGAAAUUGUUUUAAACGAAACAGUGAUGACUUUCAAAGAACAUUGGCAGAUUUAAAGAAUGGAGGAUGGUGGGAAACAAGACAUCGUCAGACAAAAUCCGAGAAUAUUUCAAACAACUUGCACGACAAUUUUUCUAAAAGUGAAAAUAGAAUGACUAAUGGGACCGAGACACCAUCUCUUGGACACUGUUUGCCUGCAUUUGCACCCGUUUUUGCUGGACUAAUGCAUAGACGACGGAGACGAGAGAACAGACCCAGACGACAACGGACGACAUUCUCUAGCGAUCAGACAGUCAAACUAGAAAUCGAGUACAGCCGCACCGAAUACAUCACCCGCUCUAGACGGUAUGAACUAGCGGAAAUACUUUGUCUCACAGAAAAUCAGAUAAAAAUUUGGUUUCAAAACAGACGAGCGAAAGAAAAAAGGAUAGAGAAAGCUCACAUGGACCAUCAUUUAAGAAGUUUCAGUAUCGGUGGACAAACAACCAGUUCUUUCCCGAUUCCCAAGUGUUCGAAUGGUAGUCUCUGUGAUAGAAACACCUGCUCCUGGACGGAGUGUCCUAUUCCGGAAACCAAAAACGGACUGUAA